AUGGAAAAAUGUAAUCUGAAUUCAUUGUAUUUAAUUAGAAGAGAUACUGAUUUAAGUAGCAUUGACUGGUGCGAUUUCAUUGUCGAUUGGUUGAUAAGAAUGAAGAAGGUUUGCAACCCAGAGAAAGAAUCUUCUUUCUUUUAUGGACCAGCAGCAUACAUUAUGGAAGAAUCGGGUGGUGAUAAGGAUGAAUCUGAUGGUGCAGAGGAUUUAUGUGAUGAGGAUGAAGAAGAUUGUGAUGUAAAUAAAGUUAGUGUUGUGGAGGUGUAUGAAAAUAAAAUUUCAUAUAUGUAUCAGAAGAUGGAGGAUUUGAAAAGGGAUCUUGUUGUAAAGAUAGAUGAGGGAGUGUUGAAAUUUCCUCAAAGUCAAAAUUUGAAAAUUUGGAAAUUAUUAUUUCCUGUUGAAGAUUUAAGCAGAAAACUUUUGAUUUCCAUUAUGUUUUACAACAAAGUAAAGAACCGAUAUUGA